AUGACAAUAAAUGAUAUUGACAAUCACCGUCAUUUGAUGGCAGUUGUGUUAGACAUUGAAUCAACGGACGAUGAAAGCAGCAUAAUUCGAGAAAAUAUUGACGUUCAAAGUCAACACUCAAUAAUCGUACUUGAAGAUUCAAAAUCAAAUGAUCGACAAGAUGUCAAGUUCGAUGACACAAAAAUCGAAAAUGAACCAAUAUAUAAAUUGAACGACUACGAAGACAUAAAUAGAGAUCUAAUAGCACAGACAGAAAAAGUUGCUGAUAAAACAAAUAUCAAUUGUAAACAACAUAAUGAACGCAUGGUGGACAAAACUCAUUCAGCACACAAUCGAAAAUUGACAAAAACUAUCAAUAUUGAUAAACUAGAUAGUGAUCCCAUUAUUGGAUAUGCUCAAGAACGUUUAUUGCCGCUUGCUAAAGCAUGUGCAUCGUUAUGUAGUAUUAUUUAUGAUUUAUCAUUCUAUGUUCAAAAAGCACUCCAUGAAACUCCAGAAGAACCAGCUAAUGAAUUAACAAUAGAUGAGAGUGCUGCCAUUCGUCUCUAUACGAUGGAAUGGGAAGAACCACAUCGAAGUCUCUAUUCCGAACUUAAUCAUACUCUUAAAAAGGAGAGUCGAGAAAAUCUUCGACCAUAUUUCAAAUAUCUUAAAUUAUUGGUGACAGCUCUAGUUAAAUUACCUUGUGUUCCACCAUUGACUAUCUGGCGAGGAGUUACAAAAAAUUUAAGUGCAGAGUUUCCACCAGGUACGAUAGUAACAUGGUGGGCAUUUUCAUCGUGUACAACUGAAUUGACUGUACUCGAAAGUAAUAUGUACUUAGGCAAUACAGGUGCUCGAACACUUUUUUCUGUCGAAGCUAUUAAUGGUCGACGAGUACGUGAUCAUUCAUGUUUUGUCACUGAAGAAGAAAUCAUUCUUUUACCUGGUACACGCAUGAUAGUACAAUCACAAUUGAGUCCGGCAACUGAUUUGUAUAUCAUCCAUUUAAAACAAGUUAUACCAGAAGAUGUCCUACUUGAACCUCCUUUCGAAGGUGCACUUCUCUAUCCAAAACCUAAAUACUAUUGGUAUCGAAAGAAACGAUUCGUUAUACCUCUUUGUUUAAUAGCAAUACUUUCUAUUGCAGCAAUCAUUAUCAGUUCUGUAUUAGGAACACAAUUUGGCAGUAAAAUACCAGCUUAUCGAUGUACCGAUCCUAAUCCUUUGUCUAUGAGUUCUGAAACUGGUCAAAGUCCAAUAUAUGUACUAUCUGGUGACUUCAACAAUGAUAAUAAAGUAGAUCUAGCCGUACUUAACCAAGUUGAUCAAAGUAUUGAUCUAUUUUAUGGAAAUGGUCAAGGAACAUUUCCGAGUCAAAUAACACUUGUUACUGGUCUCACUCCACUCUCUAUGAUAGCAGCAGAUUUCGACCAUGAUCAAAAUAUUGAUCUGGCCGUAACUAAUCAGAUUGAUAAAACUAUCAGUAUACUUUAUGGUAAUGGAAAUGCAGCAUUUCUAACUCAAACAACUUAUACAGUUGGUAAAAGACCACGAUCGGUGACAACAGGUUACUUCAGUAACAAUCAUACGUUAGAUCUUAUCGUAACAAAUUACAAUGAUAACACUAUUAGUGUACUACUUGGUACUGAUGAUGGAUCAUUUCAAUUACAAAGAACAUAUCCUGCUGGCAAGGGACCACGUUCAGUAAUAUCUGACGAUUUCAAUAAAGAUAACAAUCUUGAUUUCGUAGUAGUUAAUCAAGGUGAAAACACAAUUAGUGUAUUCUUUGGAAAUGGUAAUGGAGUCUUUGGCAGUUAUUUAAGAUAUGCCGUAGGCGAGAGUCCAGACUCUGUAAUAGCACAUGAUUUUAAUAAUGAUACAAUACUUGAUUUAGCAGUAGCAAACUAUGGUGGUACUACUAUCAGUGUAUUAUAUGGCAAUGACGAAGGUACUUUUGGAUUUCAAGUAACUUUUGAGGCUGGAAAUGGUCCUAAUAGCAUUAUUGCCAGCGAUUUUAAUAAUGAUGGUCAAGAAGAUUUAGUGGUGGCUAAUUGGAGAGAUAAUACUGUUAGUGUACUCUUUAAUAAUGGUAAUGGAAGUUUUCAUCAACGACAAACUUAUGCAACUGGUGCUACUCCAAGUGCGGUUAUAGCAGCAGAUUUUAAUAAAGAUUAUAGAAUGGAUUUAGCAGUAACUAAUUAUGAUGAAAACACAAUUAGCAUAUUGAUAAAUAACAAUAGUGGACAAUUUGAAUCUCAAAUUAGAUAUGCAACUGGUAAGAAGCCAAGGAAUAUGAUAUCAAAUGAUUUUAAUAAUGAUAAUAAAGCAGAUUUGGCAGUAAUUAAUGAGGCUGAUGGUACCAUAAUGUUAAUACUGGGUAAUGAUGAUGGAACAUUUCAGGCUAGAGUACCUUAUCUACUUAAGAAAACAUCAAGUUCAAUAGCAUCAGGUGAUUUUAAUAAUGACAAUAAAUUAGAUUUGGCAGUAACAAAUACUGAUAAUACUGUUAGUAUACUACUUGGUGAUACCUAUAAAAUAUUUCAAAUAUCAAUGUCAUAUGCUACUGGAAUUAAUCCAACUUCUAUUAUAUCAACUGAUUUAAAUAAUGAUAACAAUCUAGAUUUGAUCUUAGUCAAUCAGGAUGACAAUAAUCUCAGCAUAUUCAUCGGAGAUGGACAUGGAUCUUUCCAGAAUUCGACUACAUAUGAUGUAGGUAAAAGACCCAUCUCAAUAGUAUCAUAUGAUUUUAACCAUGAUAAAAAAAUGGAUUUGGCCGUAGCUAAUUAUGAUGGAAAAAACAUUAGUAUCUUAUUUGGUAAUGGAGAUGGAACCUUCGAAUCUCAAAUAAUGUACAAAAGUGGAACUAAUCCAUGUUCAAUCAUAUCAAUUGAUUUAAAUAAUGACAAUUUAAUGGAUUUAAUCGUAGCCAAUGAAGGUGAAAAUACUAUUAGUGUUCUUUUUGGCAAUACAAAUGGAACUUUUCAAAAUCAAAUAAAAUAUAAAACAAAUAAAGGACCAUGUACUUUAUUACCUGGUGACUUUAAUCGUGAUAUGAUUAUGGAUAUAGCUGUGGUGGAUAAAAGAUCGACUAUUGUCGAGUUAUUAUUUGGCACUAGUAAUAUGACUUUAGAAUCUCAAAAGAUAUAUCCAACAGGUAAUUGGCCAUGUUCUGCAAUAUCAAAUGACUUUAAUGAAGACGGAAAAAUAGAUCUAGCCGUCAUUAAUAGAGACUCUAAUAGCAUAUUUAUUUUUCUUAAUACUUGUCAAUAA